AUGGACGAGGAGCAGUUGAUUAAGAAGCCCUCCCGAUGGAUAUAUCAGACUUUUAUUAGAGGUCUCAAAAAAGAAGUAGAAAUCACUGAUAUAUAUAAAUGUCCCAAAAAUGAUGAGUCGGAACAACUCGUACAAACGCUUGAGAGAAAUUGGAAUAAAGAAUUGCGAAAAAAGAAUCCGAGUUUCACCUUGGCAACUAUUAAAACAUUUGCAUUUCAAAUGCUAAUUCCUUUCUGUCUAAUCCUAUUUGGGGAAUGUUUUUUGAAAAUAGUCCAGCCCCUUUUACUCGGGUGGGUUAUCCGGUAUUUUGCUGACCCGGAUAAUAAUGAUUACGAAACGGCGUGUUUGUGCGCCGGGGGUGUUGUGGGUACAUCUCUGGCAUAUGUGCUCACAUAUCACCCUGCUGCCGUACGGGAAUGCAGGGUUGCUACAAAAGCAAGGGUUACCUGGUGUACACUUAUGUAUAAAAAGGCAUUGAAAUUAAAACCGUCGGCAUUUGGAAAGACAACAAUCGGACAGAUAUUAAACUUAAUGUCUAACGAUGUCAGCAGAUUUGAUGAGGAAUGUUUUUUGAAAAUAGUCCAGCCCCUUUUACUCGGGUGGGUUAUCCGGUAUUUUGCUGACCCGGAUAAUAAUGAUUACGAAAUGGCGUGUUUGUGCGCCGGGGGUGUUGUGGGUACAUCUCUGGCAUAUGUGCUCACAUAUCACCCUGCUGCCGUACGGGAAUGCAGGGUUGCUACCAAAGCAAGGGUUACCUGGUGUACACUUAUGUAUAAAAAGGCAUUGAAAUUAAAACCGUCGGCAUUUGGAAAGACAACAAUCGGACAGAUAUUAAACUUAAUGUCUAACGAUGUCAGCAGAUUUGAUGAGGCAUUGAAAUUAAAACCGUCGGCAUUUGGAAAGACAACAAUCGGACAGAUAUUAAACUUAAUGUCUAACGAUGUCAGCAGAUUUGAUGAGUACUGCAUUUUGGGCACCUACAUGUUUAUAGCACCACUCCAGACACUAAUAGGAAUUUAUAUUUGUUAUACUUAUAUCGGUUGGACGUGUUUCAUAGGACUGGGUGUCCUCCUGUUAUUUAUUCCGUUCAACAGUUUAGUCGGACGAUUAUUCUUGAAAAUUAGGACAAAAGUGGCCGCACUUUCAGAUAAUAGGAUUCGUUUGAUGAAUGAAAUCAUUAAAGGGAUGGCAGUCAUAAAGAUGUACGCCUGGGAGAAACACUUUUCUAAACUCAUAUCCGAAGCCCGAAAGAAAGAGAUGGCCAAGAUCAGAGGAUCCACACUAUUGAGAGCUCUUAAUAUUUCCAUCUCUAUAAUCGCCGCUCGAGUCAUACUGUUUGCCAUAUUUAUAGUGUAUGUGCUUUUGGGCGGACAACUGAAGGCAGAGACAGUAUUCGUGACAAUGUCUAUAUUCAACACAAUCAGAAACACAAUGACCUGGUUCUUCCCACAGUCCAUCGCAUUGGCCGCCGAAAUAUACGUGUCGUGUCAAAGAGUGCAGAGAUUUUUGCUUUUGGAAGAAAUUGAGAAUCAAAGCAUUGAAUAUAAAGACAAUGAUUUCGUAAAUGAGAAAAACAAGAAUAAUAUGAAUAUCUAUUUGAAUAAUAUGGAGACAAUUUAG